GGGAGAGAGCGGCAUUGUGCAGCCUUUGGCCUAUAGCGCGCAUGCGCCGUGCCACAUUCCCCGCCUGGCGGCCCCGGAGCUGCUGCCGCCGCGUCCCCCCCCCCCUCCGCCCCUCCCGCGGCAGCGCACCCCGCCUCGCCGCGGUGGAGGAGGCGGCGGUGCCGGGUUCCCGCCCUUUCCCCUUCCCCCGGGUUUUGUUUCCAGUGCACUUCUGCUCCCUGUGGUAAGGGCUGCCUUGUGAAGCAGCACGUUCAUUCUCCCCUUCAAGCACCAUAAGUCUCAUUUGCCAGCUUCAGAACCAUGGCAACGGAAGAAAAGAAACCAGAUGCAGAAUCUACCAAAACACAAUCUACUCCUUCCUCCUCAACCAAUCAGAGCAAGCCUGCACCAGUAAAACCAAACUAUGCUCUAAAGUUCACAUUAGCAGGACAUACAAAGGCAGUCUCAUCUGUAAAGUUUAGCCCUAAUGGAGAGUGGCUAGCCAGCUCCUCUGCUGACAAACUUAUUAAGAUUUGGGGAGCAUAUGAUGGCAAGUUUGAAAAAACGAUAUCUGGCCAUAAACUGGGUAUCUCUGACGUUGCUUGGUCAUCAGAUUCCAACCUUCUUGUCUCUGCCUCCGAUGAUAAAACUCUAAAAAUAUGGGAUGUAAGCUCGGGUAAGUGCUUAAAGACAUUGAAAGGGCACAGUAACUACGUUUUCUGCUGCAACUUCAACCCUCAAUCAAACCUCAUCGUCUCUGGCUCAUUCGACGAAAGCGUGAGGAUAUGGGAUGUGAAAACAGGGAAGUGCCUCAAGACGUUGCCUGCUCAUUCUGACCCAGUUUCAGCUGUGCAUUUUAAUCGUGAUGGUUCACUGAUAGUGUCAAGUAGCUAUGAUGGACUCUGUCGAAUCUGGGAUACAGCAUCAGGACAGUGCUUGAAAACGCUCAUUGAUGAUGAUAACCCUCCUGUGUCUUUUGUGAAGUUCUCCCCAAAUGGCAAAUACAUUCUAGCUGCAACUUUGGACAACACUCUUAAGCUUUGGGACUACAGCAAAGGAAAGUGCCUGAAGACGUACACAGGACACAAAAAUGAGAAGUACUGCAUAUUUGCCAAUUUCUCCGUUACUGGUGGAAAGUGGAUUGUAUCCGGUUCAGAAGACAACCUGGUUUACAUUUGGAACCUUCAGACAAAAGAGAUUGUACAGAAAUUACAAGGGCACACAGAUGUUGUAAUCUCAACAGCUUGCCACCCAACAGAAAACAUCAUUGCAUCAGCAGCGCUAGAAAACGACAAAACAAUUAAACUGUGGAAGAGUGACUGUUAAACGUUCCAGUAUCACUUGAGAGACUGUCAGGAAAAAAAUGUUUUUAAAAAAAAAAA